AUGCCCCCAAUAACGCCCAGCUCCCUCACCCUCAUCACCGGCGCAAACGGCUUCAUAGCAGCCCACUGCAUCGCCAUCCUCCUACACGCCGGCUACAGCGUCCGCUCCACCGUCCGCUCCGCCGCAAAGGCCCAGGCGGCCCUGCAAGCGCUCUCCGCCGCCAACGUCCCCAAUCUCCGGUCCCACCUGGAGCUCGUCGUCGUGCCCGACCCGACAGUGCUGGAGGACGUUUCGUGCGCAGUGAGGGGCUGCGAUGCGAUCCUCCACCUUGCCUCGGCGUUCAGCUAUGAUGCUUCUCCGGGUGAGUUUGAGGAGAAGCUCAUGAAGCCGGCCGUACGGGGCACGGAGACGAUCUGCCGGGCUGCCCUGGAGCACGACUCGGUGAAGAGGGUGGUGAUCAUGUCUUCGUUUGCGAGUGUGUACGAUGCUUCGUUGGGGUUGCAGCCGGGGAGGGUUUAUACGGAGACCGACUGGUGUCCGCUUUCGUAUGAGGACGGGGUGAAUGCUGCUGCUGUCCCCAUCGCCUAUCGUGCGUCCAAAGUCGUCGCUGAACGCGCAGCGUGGGAUUUCAUCCGCGACCAUAAAGUCGGAUAUGAUCUGCUCACGCUCUGCCCUGGAAUGGUCUUCGGGAGGAUGAUCCAUCCCAUUCGGUCUCUCUCCAGCUUGAAUGCCAGCAAUCAGAUUGUAUGGGAUGUUCUCAAGGCCGGGGAAGAGGGGAGUCUACCGCCGACGAAAGCACCAGUCUGGAUCGACGUCGAGGAUCUCGCAGAAUGCUGCCGGAAAGCUCUCACCUACAGUCCUACGGGCAACGAGCGCUUCCUGCUCGCGCAGGGGAGCUACGAUACGCAGGAGAUCGCGGAUAUCGUCCGCGAGCGUCUUCCAGAGACUAAGGCGCGCAUUCCUCGGGGCGAGCCUGGGAAGCGGAUUGCCGAUACGCAUUAUUCGUGUGAUUCUUCCAAGGCGCAGAGGCUGUUGGGGGUGUCGUUUCGGGGGUUGGAGGAGUCGAUCGUGCCUUUGGCGAGGCAGUUGUAUGCGAUGGAGUAG